ACCACCACCCUUGACUUCGUAAAACCAAAUCCAAAACAAGUCGUAAAAAAACAACUGGCAUUGCCCAAGACCGCGUUUCCUACGUUCACCGGAAGCCCUUAAAAAGAAUGCCCAGCCUUCAACUUAUUGUCAUCUGCUUAUCUUUUGCCUGAAUUCGCAUCUCCCUCAACAAAAUCAAAUCUCUCUGUGUCCAAGAAUCCAAGAAAAGACCCGUCGAUUUGGAAUUUCUCUCCGUUUUUUUUCCAACAAUGUGUCCUCUGAGGUUCAUCCUGGUCUUCUUCUCGGCGGUUUUGGCCGGGUAUUUCGCAUGGAGGGCCGUUCGUUCCUCGCCAGAAACAGAUAUCAUGGGCUCAGACGCGACGACAGCGGAGAAAAUCUCAUCAAAGGACAAACAAGAAUUUCAUUUGAAACAGAUGAUUCUAAAUGGCUUCUGGGGAUUUGUCGACAUGGCCAGCGGGAGGUACUUGUGGAGGAAUCUUAGAGAUAUGAAGAGAGACGAAAGAGUCAAGAGCUGCUAAAUUUACAUGACAGAAAGAACACGAAUCUGAGCCGUAAGAAAUCAAUCAGAUGAAAUGUGGGGUUCUCUCUGUUAUCUUUUCUCACCCUCCUGUUAAAGGAUAUGGGAUUGUAUUUACUAAGGAUAAUAGGAUGUAGAAUUGUUGACUUCAUUGAGAUUUCUCUUCAAUAAAGGGAAUCACAAACGGUGUUUUUCAUC